CUGAUAAACUCGCAAGAUCGUAACAACUCGAGUUGUUAGUCCUGGUGCUGAAUGUUAAAUCAGGGGUUUAUGGCGAAAACUAACUUUCCUUGUCCUGACAUUAUAAACCGAAAACAGUUUAAAGUUUACAUAUGUAUUUGUACGCCCAAAUCAAAGAUGGCUGCCCAAAAAAGCAGUCACGUGUUAACAAGCGCAAACGGUUUCUAUAGCAACCAGACUUGCGUUUCACGGGGCAGUAAAGAUACUUUUGCCUCUUGGUUUCAAGUGGCCUACGUGCGGUGUCAGCCCGGUUCCGGUGUUAGCUCAGCUGGGACCCGGCGUGCGACAGCUGUGCGCCGGAAGCGGUGUCGCGUUUCAGUGACGUAGUAGCGAGCCAGCAGCAGGUUGAAGAUGUCCCGGGAGGUGAUCGGUCCAGCUCUGCCGCCAGGAUUCCAGAACCGCGAGGAGCAGGAGAAACCAGAGGAAGGUGAGAGCGGCCGUAACGUGGGGACCGCAUUACUGGCGAACGUAGCUAGUAACAGUGAGCUUAGCAGGAUGGAGGAAACCUGAAACACCUGGAGAAACAUAGAAACAUAGAAUGUGACGGCAGAUAAGAACCAUUCGGCCCAUCUAGUCUGCCCAAUUUUCUAAAUACUUUCAUUAGUCCCUAGCCUUACCUUAUAGUUAGGAUAGCCUUAUGCCUAUCCCACGCAUGCUUAAAGGACCACUCUGGGCACCCAGACCACUUCAGCUUAAUGAGGUGGUCUGGGUGCCAGGUCCAGCUAAGGUUAACCCUUUUUUUUUUUUUUUUUUUUAAAUAAACUUAGCAGUUUCAGAGAAACUGCUAUGUUUAUAAAUGGGUUAAUCCAGCCUCCAAAUCUUCUAGUGGUUGUUUCAUUGACAGCCGCUAGAGGCGCUUGCGUGCUUCUCACUGUGAAAAUCACAGUGAGAAGACGCCAGCGUCCAUAGGAAAGCAUUGUAAAUGCUCUCCUAUGAGACCCGCUGAAUGCGCACGCAGCUCCUGAUGCACAUUUAACCGAAGAGGAGGAGGAGAGCUCCCCGCCCGGCGCUGGAAAAAAGGUAAGCUUAACCCCUUUCCUCUCUCCAGAGCCCGGCGGGAGUGGGACCCUGAGGGUGGGGGCACCCUCAGGGCACUAUAGUGCCAGGAAAACGAGUAUGUUUUCCUGGCACUAUAGUGGUCCUUUAAACUCCUUACUGUGUUAACCUCUACCACUUCAGCUGGAAUGUUAUUCCAUGCAUCCACUACCCUCUCAGUAAAGUAAUACUUCCAGAUGGUGAGCCAAGUUUACAUAUCCUUAGUCUGUAAAGCAGGCUUGACAAAUAAAAUGGAGGCUCUUUAGUUUUAUUCCAAUGGCCAUUUAAAUAUAUAAGCUCACCUGCCACGUUAAGACAAGCCUCAAUAGGUGAGUUCCUACACUAGCCAUUAGAUAUGCUGAUAUCAGCCAAGAAUCUCCAGUAAGACAGGAAUGAAAGGCCAUUGGAAUAAAACUAAAGAGCCUCCAUUUUGUUUAAAUGUACAUGGGGAUUUAGGCCAGAGCGCAGGUAACGUUCUCUUGGUUUUUACUAUGUAUUUUAAGCUGUUGGAUACUAAGCUACUGCUGCUGUAAGCGCGGUGCUUUGUGUUUGAGGCUUGACAAAUGUAGGAGUCACGUUGUAGAACUUCUGUUGGUAUUUUAUCCCUUUAUAGGCUACAAUAAUAAAAAAUAUAUAUUAUUUAUAUAGCGCCAACAAAUUCCGUAGACAUUGCUGCACAAUGGUUAUAUAUACAUACGUGUAGUAUAUGACCAUCUGGUCCUAACUUUGUAAAAAAUUUGGUUAAGUCACACUAGCGUUUAUUCACUAGACAGAGAAUUGUGGCAAACAUUAGACCAAAAUAAAUGACAAUUAUAGCAUCUGAGCUUGCCUAUUUUAUCCUGGAUUUUGCAAUUAAUUCUUCAAUACACCACAAAUCUAUGUUAAGUAAAUUAACCAUACAGUUUAGGACAACCAUAUGUUUUACAACUCCUGUGUGCACAAGUUAUGCAACAGAAUAUAAGCUCCGUCCAUCAAAAUGUUAACAGAAAACGUAUGCUCCCUUAACCCCUUAAGGACCUAACUUCUGGAAUAAAAGGGAAUCAUGACAAAGUACACAAUACCAUAUAUUAGAGACAAUUUUGAUAUGUGCAUCUUGCAAGGCAACAUUGAUUAUAAAGUAGACCUGCACUGUGUGCAAAAGUGUCCUCUAGUACAGCGGUUCCCAAAGUGUGGGUCACGACCCACUGGUGGGUCGCAGGGUGAUUCUCAGUGGGUCGCGCUGACCCACACAUGCAGUCUGGGAGAGAGGAGAUCAUGCCCCAGUGUGUGACACACACUGGUCUUUCUACAAAUGGUGGGAUCCCAAACAGAUAAGAGAUCUCCUUUUUAGUCCAUGGAUGGAAAUGGUAUUUAAGUGAAGAUCACUCCUGCCCCCAAAUUCCCACUGUCCCCCUCCCACACACUGCCAAUCCACACUGUCACUCUCCCCACUGUUAUCUUCCACACAUUGCCAAUCCACACUGUCACCCUCCCCACUGACACCCUACCCAAAACAAAGCCAAUCCACACUGACACCUUGCUCAAAUACUACCUCCUUCCGCAUAGUCAUUCUCCCACAUCCCAACCACUGUCCCCGAACAUACUGUAACCCUCCUACACACUGACCCUCCAUACUGCCUCCCCCCAAAUGCUGUCACCCUUCUACAUACUGCCCUUAUACUGUCAUAUUCCUUCACACUGUCACCUUUUCCAAAACUGUCACUGACAGCAACUUGACCGGGCCCUAAUCAGCAGGGAGUGCUGGGAGGAAGUGAGUUGGUCACUUCAUCCCAGUUUACACAGAUCCAGCUGUGUGGGAAACAGAGGAGGGGGAGGGCUGGACCUGGAGAGGAGCAAGCCCCCAACUUACAACAGACCCAGCCAGCAAAGCCUGCACCAAAAAGGUAGAGAACAGGAGGGUGGCUAACAUUUUAAAUUGUGUGCUUUUGGUGUCUGUAUCUGUGUAUGUCAUUGUUUUGUGUAUCUGUAUGUGUGUCAGUGUUUGUAUCUGUGUAUCCACAUGUGUCUGUUUGUCUGCAUGUCUGUCAGUGUUUGUAUCUGUGUGUCUGUGUAUCUGCAUGUGUGUCAGUGUUUGUAUCUGUGUGUCUGUGUAUCUGCAUGUGAGUCUGCUGUAUGUGAGUCAUUGUUUGUAUCUGUAUCUACGUGUGUUUCUGUGCAACUCUAUGUGUGUCAGUGUUUGUAUCUGUGUAUCUGCAUGCAUGUCAGUGUUUGUAUCUGUGGAUCUGCAUGCAUGUCAGUGUUUUGUAUCUGUGUGUCUGCAUGUGUUUCUGUGUUUAUAUCUGUGUCUACACUUGUAUACGUGGCAGGAUCUGUAUGUGUGUCAGUGUUUGUAUCUGUGUAUCUGCAUGUGUGCCUGUGCAACUGAAUGUGUGUCAGUGUUUGUGCAUGUGUGGUAGUGUUUGUAUCUUGUGUCUAUAUCUGCAUGUCUGUCUGUGUUUUCUAUCUGUGUGUCAGUGUGUCUGUGCAACUGUAUGUGUGGCAGUGUUUUGUAUCCUGUAUCUGUGAUCUUUGCAUGUGUGGCAGUGUUUGUAUAUCUGUUUGUGUACAUCUAUGUGUGUGUCAUUGUUUGUAUCUUUGUGAUUUUGUGUAUGUAUGUCAGUGUUUCUACCUGUGUCUGUGUAUCUGCACUGUAUAAACUAUAUCUAUCUAUUUAUCUCUGCAGGAGAGACAAACCUAUUUAAUUCAUAAUUACAAACAUUUUGCAACUAUGAGGGGUAUAAUUUAUGAAAAGUGGCUGCCAACGGGUGCACAAGUAAAAAAAAAAAAAAGGUUGGGAACAACUGACCUAGAGAGACACACACACACACUCUCAAAUCAUCAUUGUAUUUUUAUUUUUUUAAAUUAAGCCCACCCAGCCUCCCUACCUUUGGAACAGCUAGAAGGCUUGUUUUUGGCUUGUUUUUGUGUUACUUGUUAUGUGAAAAAAAAAAAGAUUUUUACUUGCUUUUUAGUUGAGCUCCUACUGGACUUGAAGGCAGCUGGUCCUCUUGAGGCCUCCAUAACUGCAGCCCUUGUAUAUGGUGACACAUUGAGACAAGUUUCAGAGACUUAUGUAUGCUGUCAUGUUUUUAUGAAAAGCAAUGGCUGCUGUAAUCUUUCUGCUUUGCUUGUUUGUGCAGUCUUUAGUGGUGCCUCGGCCAGAUAUGGUGUGUGAAGGAGCAGAGCAAGGAGAGCAGGAAGAUUGCAGCUCCUUCCUUGCUGGGCCUCCCGUCUGCAUUGCUUGCUGCCUGCCUCAGCUGGGCACAUCAGAGGGAACGUGCUGACAAAUACCCAGGCACCAGGACAAAAUUCCUAUUUGCCAUGACAACGGAGCACGUUUUUUAAGCUCCAGACACAUCGAUAGACAUUAGCAUGCAUUUAUAUUGUAGCUUAACUUUAACAUUCUAGCUUAACUAGGUUAGAAAAAAAAUCACUGUACAAUGGUUGCUGACUGACACAUCAAGGCCACAGAAGCAGAAGGACACAGGCAACACUCCAGGAUCAAGAAGGUAAGUUUAUUUCUGGAAACACCACCUCUGUUGACCUGAAACGUUGCACUUUAUGAGGUGGUGUUUCCAGAAAUAAACUUACCUUCUUGACCCUGGAGUGUUGCCUGUGUCCUUCUGCUUCUGUGAGUAUUCUGGUGCAUUCAGCGUUGUCCACCAUUGGCACGGAGCACCCUCACAACAGAGGGCCGGAAUUUGCAGGCGGAACCUGUAUGCAGGGAUUCUUGUUUCUGUUGUACAACAUAAAGCCUCCAUAUAAUGUUUGUGUGCUGAGAAUAUUUUACCUGUUACCGCUAAUCUUUCGGUAAAAUUCCUGUGCAUACACAUCUCAUAAGAGGGGAUUGCAAUAUAGUAAAAAGUAGUUACUUUAUUUGCAACAUUUAUGGAUUGUGUUGUCAAUGCUGCUAGUGCAGUGUUUAAAGAGACACUAUAUGUAUCAAUACAACAUUAGCUUAAUGAAGCAGUUUGAGUGUAUUGACUAUGUCCCUGCAGUCUCACUGCUCAAAUUUCUGCCCUUCAGGCGUUAAAUCACUUUUGUUUCUCUUUAUAUACGGUGUCUCACAAAAGUGAGUACACCCCUCACAUUUUUGUAAAUAUUUUAUUAUAUUUUCUUUCAUGAGACAACACUGAAGAAAUUACACUCUGCUACAAUGCAGAGUAGUAGGUGUACAGCCUGUAUGUAAAUUUGUUUUCCCCUCAAAAUAACUCAACACACAGCCAUUAAUGUCAAAACCAUUGGCAACAAAAGUAAGUACACCCUAAGUGGAAAUGUCCAAAUUGGGCACAAAGUGUCAAUAUAUUGUGUGGCCGCCAUUAUUUUCCAGCACUGCCUUAACACUCAUAGGCAUGGAGUUCACCAGAGCUUCACAGGUUGCCACUGGAGUCCUCUUCCACUCCUCUAUGAUGACAUGACGGAGCUGGUUAGAGACCUUGCGCUCCCCACAUUCCAUUUGAGGAUGUCCCACAGAUGCUCAAUAGAGUUUAGGUCUGGAGACAUGCUUGGCCAGUUCAUCACCUUUACCUUCAGCUUCUUUAGUAAGGCAUUGGUCGUGUUGGAGGUAAGUUUGGGUUCCUUAUCAUGUUGGAAUACUGCCCUGCAGCCCACUCUCCGAAGGGAGGGUAUCAUACUCUGCUUCAGUAUGUCACAGUACAUGUUGGCAUUCAUGGUUCCCUCAAUGAAAUAUAGCUCCCAAAUACCGACAGCACUCAUGCAGGCCCAGACCAUGACACUCCCACCACCAUGCUUGUCUGUAGGCAAGACACACUUAGUAUUCCUCAUCUGGAUGUUGCCACGCACACUUGAUACUCUCUCUAAACCAAAUAUCUUUAUCUUGGUCUCAUCGGACCACAGGACAUGGUUCCAGUAAUCCAUGUCCUUAGUCUGCUUGUCUUCAGCAAACUGUUUGCAGGGUUUCUUGUGCAUCAUCUUUAGAAGAGGCAUCCUUCUGGGACGACAGCCAUGUGGAACCUGUCCUGUGAAACCACCAUGCUGCAGCUCAGUUUCAGGGUCUUGGCAAUCUUCUUAUCGCCUAGGCCAUCUUUACGUAGAGCAACCAUUCUUUUUUUCAGAUCCUCAGAGAGUUCUUUGCCAUGAGGUGCCAUGUUGAACUUUCGGUGACCAGUUUGAGAGAGUGUGGCCAAACACCAAAUUUAACACACCUGCUCCCUAUUCAAACUUAAGACCUUGUACCACUAAUGAGUCACAUGACACUGGGGAGGGACAAUGGCUAAUUGGGCUCAAUUCAUUUCCACUUAGGGGUGUACUAAUUUUUGUUGCCAAUGGUUUAGACAUUAAUGGUGUGUUGAGCUAUUUUGAGGGGAUAGCAAAUUUACACUGUUAUAAAGGCUGUACACUUACUACUUUACAUUGUAGCAGAGUGUCAUUUUUUCAGUGUUGUCACAUGAAAAGAUAUGAAAAAAUAUUUACAAAAAUGUGAGUGGCUGUAGGCAAGACACACACUUUUGUGAGAUACUGUAGCUCUAGCCACACAUCACAUGGCUGUGACUGACACAGCCUGCAUGAAACAAAUGGUUUUUCAAUUUUCAAUCGGAUAUUAACUUUCUUUUGACAUUUUUAUCUCCUGCUUUGUAAAAUGAACUUUAUUCAUACACGUGAGGCUUCUGCAGGUUCUAUAAGGCUAUUAACAUAACAGGAAAAAUUCUAAAUCAAAAAGACUGCAAUUAAAGAAACCUAGAAUGCAGGCAUGUGUAACUAGGAUUGUAUAAACAAAGUGAUUUAACUCUAAAUGGCAGAGAAUUGAGCAGUGAGACUGAAGGGGCAUGGUCUAUACACCAAAACUGCUUCAUUAAGCUAAAGUUGUUCAGGUGCCUACUGUAAGUGUCCUUUUAAGAUGAUUUUCCAGUUCCCAUCAGGGCCAGUUUGCACACGACUUAAGGUCGCUUGCAGCUUAUCAUUAUUGACACAUUUGGUGCACACAACCUCUGAAAACCACAACCACUUUUGUUACAUUUCAAUAAUAAUAAGUUAGAAGUUCUACGAAGAUAUGACAUCCCUAAAAGGCAAAGUUUAUCCCUUGCGUUGAAAGAAUAUUUAGCUCAUGUGUUGUUGGUCUAAAUGCAAUAGAUCUGUUCACAUUUUAUUAUGAAGAAUAAUGAACAAAUGUAAAUUAAACAAAUCCAUCUUCCCCUUCUGCCUCUGGCCUGGAGACAGCCAAUUGGCACUGUGAUUAGUGUUCAUUGCAACCUCCUUUCUCAGUCUGUCCAUCAGAUGAAGCUGCGUAAAACCCAUUACAUCAUUAAAUUGAUAAGAUUCUAUAACAGCACAACACCACUUUAAUUGUUGUGCCAUCCAUCAGUCCACACUGGCUUAAGCAUAUUAGUGAGUGUUGGCAUGGUAACAUAAUGUUCUUUCUAAUACUGCUUGGAAACCAAAGCACGCUGGAAAACAAAAAUAGACCUGCAUUGCUUUUAGGAUUUCAUAAUUUGUUUUAAGCAUCCAUUUAAAGAUAUAUAUACAGUAUAACUGCAUUCACCACUAUGUGUGGAUUGUUGAUCUUUUACUUAGUCUAGAUAUGCUGUGUUUAGUUGCAGGUCCUAUAUUACCCCCAGGAUACACAAAGACCUCCAGCUCAGAUUCAUCAGAUGACAGUGAACAGGACACAGGACCCAACCCAUGGCAUCACAAAAGGGACCAGAGUACCCAUGUUGGCAAAGAAGACAGGUUAAUAGUAAAAAUAACUUACAUUUUCCACUUAUCCGUUUGUGUGACAUCUAAUGUGAAGGAGCAUGUUUCAAACUAAUCUGUUUGCAGUGUAAAAUGUAAUAUCAUUAAUAGGUGUCAGUUCUAUGGCGACAUCAAGCAGAAAACAUUGGGAUGUUUAUUCACAAAGUACUGCAUUGUUUAAAACUAAGUAGUAAAAUGCAGGAAAUAGCAUGCAUUGGUAAAAAUAAGUAUUCUGGAACUUGAGUAUUGACGUUUGCCAAUUCUGCAUAAUCCCUCAAUUGCAUUAUUUAUCUCUAUGUGUGGGGAGCCGUUGCAUUUAUGUGUGUUAUUGCAGGAGUGUAUUUGCACAGCUUUCCCCUCCCUAUAUCUGUAGUCCUUUUCCCAUGCCACAUUUUGCCUCCAAGACUCAUUUCCCUUUCCACUUUAUUUUUUGUACUCCAAUCCUUAGGUCUCUUUUAUCUCUCUCAAAUUAUGACAUUUCAUUUAAUAAAAAAGCCUGAGUCCCAAAUUAUUAUUUACUAUAAAGGGACACUGUAGUGUGGAGCAUACAAACAUGUAUUGCUGACGCUAAAGUGUUUUUCUAACUGUAGUUCCGCCUCCUUGAUUAAGGUCACCAAAGAUGGUGAUCUCAUCCAAUCCAGUAAAGUUGCGCUUUGGCAAUCACAUGCUGCUCUAUAAGCAGUAUUUGAUCUAUAACCAAGUUUGGCUCAGUUACAGCAGAGAAAGCACCUCUAGUGACUGUCUUCCUGAAACCCAAAAGAGGUGUGUUAACUCUGCAAUGUAAACAUUGCCAUUCCUACAUUACAUUGCAGGGUUAAAACGCAAGGAGCAUUGCACCCAGACCACUUUAUUGACUGGCUCUUUAAGCAAUCUUCAUUGUAUUGUAAGAAGAAGAAAAUAGUCAAAUUGUGUAGCAGACCAUUACUAAACUUUAUAUUAAAUAUACAGUUGCAAGAAAAAGUAUGUGAACCCUUUGGAAUGAUAUGGAUUUCUGCACAAGUUGGUCAUAAAAUGUGAUCUGAUCAUUAUCUAAGUCACAACAAUAGACAAUCACAGUCUGCUUAAACUAUUAACACACAAAGAAUGAAAUGUUGCCAUGUUUUUAUUGAACACACCAUGUAAACAUUCACAGUGCAGGUGGAAAAAGUAUAUGAACUACUAGACUAAUGACAUCUCCAAGAGCUAAUUGGAGUGAGAUGUCCGCCAACUGGAGUCCUAUCAAUGAGAUGAGAUUGGAGAUGUUGGUUACAACUGCCCUGCCCUAUAAAAAACACACACCAGUUCUGGGUUUGCUUUUCACAAGAAGCAUUGCCUGAUGUGAAUGAUGCCUCGCACAAAAGAGCUCUCAGAAGACCUAUGAUUAAGAAUUGUUGACUUGCAUAAAGCUGGAAAGGGUUAUAAAAGUAUCUCCAAAAGCCUUGCUGUUCAUCAGUCCACGGUAAGACAAAUUGUCUAUAAAUGGAGAAAGUUCAGCACUGCUGCUACUCUCCCUAGGAGUGUAAAGAUGACUGCAAGAGCACAGCGCAGACUGCUCAGUGAGGUGAAGAAGAAUCCUAGAGUGUCAGCUAAAGACUUACAAAAGUCACUGGCAAAUGCUAACAUCCCUGUUAGCGAAUCUACAAUACGUAAAACACUAAACAAGAAUGGAUUUCAUGGGAGGAUACCACAGAGGAAGCCACUGCUGUCCAAACAAAACAUUGCUGCACGUUUACAGUUUGCACAAGAGCUGCAUGUUCCAUAGCAAUACUAGCAAAAUAUUCUGUGAACAGAUAAAACCAAAGUUGAGUUGUUUGGAAGAAACACACAACACUAUGUGUGGCGAAAAAAAGGCACAGCACACCAACAUCAAAACCUCAUCCCAACUGUGAAGUAUGGUGGUGGGGGCAUCAUGGUUUGGGGCUGCUUUGAUGCAUCAGGGCCUGGACGGAUUGCUAUCAUCGAAGGAAAAAUGAAUUCCCAAGUUUAUCAAGACCUUUUGCAGGAGAACUUAAGGCCAUCUGUCUACCAGCUGAAGCUCAACAGAAGAUGGGUGUUGCAACAUUACAAUGACCCAAAGCAUAGAAGUAAAUCAACAACAGAAUGGCUUAAACAGAAGAAAAUACGCCUUCUGAAGUGACCCAGUCAGAGUCCUGACCUCAACCCGAUUGAGAUGCUUUGGCAUGAUCUCAAGAAAGCGAUUCACACCAGUCAUCCCAAGAAUAUUGCUGAACUGAAACAGUUCUGUAAAGAGGAAUGGUCAAGAAUUACUCCUGACCGUUGUGCACGUCUGAUCUGCAACUACAGGAAACGUUUGGUUGAAGUUAUUGCUGCCAAAGGAGGUUCAACCAGUUAUUAAAUCCAAGGGUUCACAUACUUUUUCCACCUGCACUGUGAAUGUUUACAUGGUGUGUUCAAUAAAAACAUGGCAACAUUUCAUUCUUUGUGUGUUAUUAGUUUAAGCAGACUGUGAUUGUCUAUUGUUGUGACUUAGAUGAUGAUGAUCAGAUCACAUUUUAUGACCAAUUUGUGCCAAAAUUCAUAUCAUUCCAAAGGGUUCACAUACUUUUUCUUGCAAAUGUAUGUAAUUUAUUAUAUAGGGAAAAUGUCUUAUUUUUGUGUUUUGAUUUAGUAUGGUGACUUUAACACAACUCUGAAAAGCAGUUUUCAAAAUAAAGAACAUGAGCAGUUUUUGGGAUCACUUUUUGUGAUAUAUUUAGUAGACAUUGUGCUGCUGAAAUGACAUGCAAAUGUAUAGAUGAUAUAAGCUGUACUCCCACUAAAGGUCACUUCUACAUUCUCUUGGAUCUCUGCAGAAAUGGAUGCAAGCAACUGCACAUUGUCUGUUCAAGGAGUACGACACUCUCUUACUAUGCAGCUUAAAUCUAUGUAGUUGUCCUCAUAUACAUAAACCUUUUUUUUAUAUAGAGAAUUUGUACCCUUUUUUUUUUUUUUUUUUAUAUUGCAAAUAUAUACAGUGUCAUUAAGGGUUUCUGUUUGCAAUAGAGACAAUGAUCUUUUUACUGUUUGGUUUCUAGGAAACAGACACAGUCUUCAGCGGAAGAGGAGGAUGAUGGUUUUUUUGGCCCAGCUCUUCCACCAGGAUUUAAAAAAACAUCUGAUUCCCCAGAGAGGUAUGCUUCAAGUCUUGGUAUUCUGAACACCUCGCAGCCAUCAUAAAGCUGUCAUUGAAUGUACAACAUCCCAUCAGCAUGCACGUCUUCAUUCUUCUUUCAUAUGUGGAUUUUGUGCCAUCUUCAUUUGGUUAGGGAAGACCAGUCAUCUUUUGGUUUUAACACACUUCCACAAGUAUGUGCACUUCUGGGUGGGCAGAGAAAUGAGAGCUGGUGCCUGCAGAUUAGUAGGUUGUUUUCAGGGGGGGGGGGGAGGCACAGGUUGGUGAUUCAGGCCCGAAACUGACCGACCUGGCUCAGAGCUCUGCUGCUUGCAUUUGCACCCGUUGGCCCCUCUUCUGAAACUCCCACAUUUUUGUUCUCUGUUUAAAGAGACAUUUACUGGCUUGCAAAAACUAUUUUUAUAUUUUUGCAUGCUAGUGUCAAGAAAUGUAGGAUGCAAAACUGUUAGGUUAACUGUUGUUUUGUCACUCUGAACAUACCUACAUUAUAGUUAUACUAUAGUUAUAAAAAUGAAAAUGUAUUAAAUAUUAUGGUUUCAGGAAGUUGAUUUCACCAAAAAUUAAUGUCUCCUCUCUCUAAGGCCUAUAAUAGGUCCUGCAUUACCUCCAGGUUUUAGCAGAAAUUUGGAUGAUGACAGCACUGAUGACAGUGGAUCUUCCAAUCAUUCCAGCUGUGAGGAACAGGUCAGUAGUAAGCAAGCACAAUACACAAUCUGUAAUAGGUUUACACAACCCAGGAGACAGAAGAAACCUCCUCACGUUACAUUUUUAAGAUGUUUUCUUUUCUUGGAAAUCAAGUUGUCUCCCAAAUUUUAAGUCAUUGUCAACCUCCAAUUGAAAGAUGUGAAAAGAUGUUUGUUUUUUUUGUUUUGUUUUUUUAAAUCAUGUUAGCUGUUGUCUUUUCGCUCUCUUUGUAUCAAGUAAUCUUUCAUACAAAUAAAAAGUGUGUUUUUCCUUCAAAUAGCCCCUUUUCUGGUUAGUAAACCUCUAGUUAUAUAUUUCAAGAGUAGGGAGUAUAUGCAAUAUACAGGUGAUACUAGAAAAAUUAGAAUAUCGUGCAAAAGUUCAUUUAUUUCAGUAAUGCAACGUAAAAGGGGAAACUAAUAUAUGAGAUAGAUGCAUUACAUGCAAAGCAAGAUAGUUCAAGCCGUGAUUUGUCAUAAGUGCAAUGAAUCUGGCUUACAGCUCAUGAAAACCCCAAAUCCACAAUCUCAGUAAAUUAGAAUAUUACAUGCAAUCAAUAAAACAAGGAGUGUACAUAGAACAAUAUCGGACUUCUGAAAAGUAUAAGCACUAAUAUGGACUCAGUACUUGGUUUGGGCCCCUUUUGCAGCAAUUACUGCCUCAGUGCGGCGUGGCAUGGAAGCUAUCGGCCUGUGGCACUGCUGAGGUGUUAUGGAAGACCAGGAAGCUUCAAUAGCGGCCUUCAGCUCUUCUGCAUUGUUCGGUCUCAUGUCUCUCCUCUUUCUCUUGGCAAUGCCCCAUAGAUUCUCUAUGGGGUUCAGGUCGGGCGAGUUUGCUGGCCAAUCAAGCACAGUAAUCCCACAGUCAUUGAACCAGGCUUUGGUGCCAAGUCCUGCUGGAAAAUGAAGUCAGCAUCCCCAUAAAGCUCGUCUGCGGAAGGAAGCAUGAAGUGCUCCAAAAUCUCCUGGUAGAUGGCAGUGUUGACCCUGGACUAAUGAAGCACAGUGGACCAACACCAGCAGAUGACAUGGCUCCCCAAAUCAACACAGACUGUGGAAACUUCACACUGGACUUCAAGCAUCUUGCACUGUGUGCCUCUCCAUUCUUCCUCCAGACUCUGGGUCCUUGGUUUCCAAAUGAGAUGCAAAAAUUGCUCUCAUCAGAAAAGAGGACUUUGGACCACUGAGCAACAGACCAGGUCUGUUUUUCUUUAGCCCAGGUAAGACGCUUCUGACUUUGUUUGUUGUUCAGGAGCGGCUUGACAAGAGGAAUACGACAUCUGAAGCCCAUGUCCAGGAUCCGUCUGUAUGAUGGCUCUUGAUGCACUGACUCCAGCCUCAGUUCACUCCUUGUGAAAGUCCUCAACACAUUUGAAUGGCCUUUUCCUGACAAUCCUCUCCAGGCCUCGGUCAUCCCUGCUGCUUGUGCACCUUUUUCUUCCACACUUUUCCCUUCCACAUAACUUUCUAUUAAUGUGCUUUGAUACAGCACAUUAAUAGAACGUUAUGUGGAAGGAAACUGGAAACAUCCAACUUCCUUUGCAAUCACCUUUUUGAGUCUUUCCCUCCUUAUGGAGGUUGUGGAUUUGGGAUUUUCAUGAGCUGUAAGCCAUAAUCAUCGCACUUAUGACAAAUCACAGCUUGAACUAUCUUGCUUUGCAUGUAAUGCGUCUGUCUCAUAUAUUAGUUUCCCCUUUUACGUUGCAUUACUAAAAUAAAUUAACUUUUGCACGAUAUUCUAAUUUUUCGAGUAUCACCUGUAUAAUGCAUAUUGACAAUCGAAAUGUAAUAUGAUAUAGGUUUACAUUUAAAUUAAAGGAACACUGUAGGGUCCCUAUAUUGUAUUCCUGACCCUAUAUUGUUUUUUUUUUUUUUUUUUUUUUUUUUCAUGUUUCUAUUUUUUAUUAUUUUUUCCAUCAGAACAUAAGUAUGUUAAUGGUGGUACAGAAAAGAAAAGGGGGGAAAUAAUAAGGGGGGCACAAUCCACAAGUGGUUAGGUAAAUGUUUUCAGAUAAUAUACAGUCCAUAACGUGGAGAUCACAGUACAUUUCAAGGAUGAGUGUGUAGUUACAUACAUGGGUUUCAGUAUACAUCAAGUAUUGUGAGGCGAGUAGCAGAUUCCUUGUACAAUCGCAGUUGGAUACAACAUUUAACAGUUAACUUAUCUACUUGCGCCCUACAUGAGGGCCUUGCUCCUCUUGCUUAGGUGACUUAGCUUCGUGAUUCACUUUAGUAUAUGUCGUCCUAUGUGAAGUUCGGUGUGUGGCUGUUGCUAUAACUGAAUGAUGUCGGGAGAUUAUGGUUGCACCCUGUAAUGUAUCUUAUUCGAGAGACAAACCUACGCUCGUGUGUCAUCUGCUCCGAGCUGAUUGUGACCAGCUUGUGUGAUCCCUUUAUAUGAGCUGCUACAAUUAGUAUGCGUCCCGGGGAGAGGGGGGAACAGGGUAGAUAACAGGAAGGGAGGGUAAGUUUGUUCACAGUGUCACUUCCUCUCCUACGUUGCUUGGUUUAGUCUUUGUCCUUUGGUCUAUAGGCUUUUAUAUUGCAAAGUAUCUAGUUUGUCAUACUCAGUUAUUCCGCUUGGGUUCCAAUCUCCCCCGCCCCGUCUAUUGGCUUUAGUCUCAUGUUCUUAUAGACCAGCAUUCCCAGUCCCGCACCCAUUUUUGUUCAUUACCCUGUACUCUGCUUGCUAUUCGUUCAUAGGAACAGAUCGUGUCUAGUCUUUGGCAGAUCGUGUCUAGUCUAGUCUUUGAUACAUUUUUACUUUUCCAGAGAAAUGCUAUGUUAAUUUUUGCCACUGUACGGUUUGCGUGGUGCGUUAAUUCAGGGGCGAUAUAUAAGAGGUAGCCUUUGGCGUCUCGAGGGAUUUUGCAUUGUGUUGUGUUAUAUAACAGUGCCCCCACUUUUUCCCAAUAUUCCCCUAAGGCUGGGCAUUCCCAGAACAUAUGUAGCAUCGUGCCUCUGCUUUCCUCGCAUCUCCAGCAAUGCUCUGGUGCGUCGGCGUAGAUGCGUGACAGCCUGUGCGGCACCAAGUACCACCGGCUAAUUAUUUUACAAUAUGCCUCCCAGAGUGACAAGCUUCUCGAUGCGCGUUUGGUAUUGCGCAUUGCUUCGUGCCAUUGUGCCAAGGGAAUCGAGGUUCCCAGUUCCUGCUCCCAUUUUGUCAUGUAGGAAAGUUUCCCUGUAGCCAGGCUUUGGAGGAUGGUGCCAUAGCAUAGGGCUAAUGGUUUCGUACAUUUAGGUGACAGUAUUUGUUGUGGUUGUAGUGCAUCCAGGGAGUUUGAGUCCUGCCCCUCGUUUAAUUUCGUUAAGAGGACGCUUUUCACUCUUAGGUAUAGGAAUAUGUCCCUCAUCUGCAAUGAGUAUUUCUGUUGGAGCAAUGAGUAUUUCUGUUGGAGCCUGGGGAACGACUUCUAACCCUGCGCAUAGGUCUCCCACCCUGAUUAUGCCUUUUUCCGCCCACGUUUUCAGCGACAGGUCGGCUGACAGAGCCCCCAACGCUUCCACUGGCGCAGAUUGAAGCAGUGGUACGGUCCCUACUAUAUGUUUGCCCCAGGUCACCCAAGAUUGUAUUUGGAAUUUUGUGCAGUGUAACCUGGGUGUGGUUGUCGUCGGGGGGUAAGUGUGUGUCCACAGGGAGUGGUUCAGGUCAUAUGGCCGCAGGCAAGCGUUCUAUAGCUCCAGCCACAGUGGUUGGGAGCAUGCGCACUUUGGCUGUAAUACUCGUAUGCUUUGGGCUAAUGUCGUGGCUCUGUAGUAGCCCCUUAUGUUGGGGAGGCCCAGUCCACCCUUGUCAUAGGGGAGUCCCAUACUGCUUUGCGCCACCCGAGGAGGUUUCCUCUUCCAAACGUGUGCGUUUAUCGUGGAUUGGAACAGGGUUAUUAAUUUAUUUGGUAGUGCUAUGGGGAGUGUGCGGAAUAAGUAGAUAAUUAAGGGCAAUAUCAUAAUUUUCAACGUGUUGAUGCCCCCCAGCCAGGACACCUCCAAGGCAGCCCAUUUCUCUAAUGUCUUUUUGAUCUUAUGCAGUGUCGGGUAGUGGUUUUCUUUCUGGAUAGUUUGAAAGGAUUUGGUCAAGUUUAUUCCUAGGUAGGUCAAAUUGUCUCGUCGCCAAUCGAAUUUAUGCUGUCUCACUAGCUCGGCCACUUCUUUUUGUGGGAGGUUUAUGGGAAGUGCCUGGGUUUUGGCGAUGUUGUUCUUAUGGUAAGAGGUUUGGCCAUAUCUACCUAGGAGUUUCAGUAACUCCGGGAGGGAUGUGUCUGGUUCUGUAACAAAUAGUAGUAUGUCGUCUGCAAAGAGCACUAGCUUCUUGGUGCCCCCUGGUGUGUUUAGUCCUUUGAUUUGCAUGUUUUGCUUAAUAUGUCGUAUUAGUGGUUCUAGACAUAGGAUGAAGAUGAGCGGGGAUAAUGGGCAGCCUUGGCCUGACCCUAUAUUGUUAAAACCACUAUAUGCCCUCUCUCCCCUAAAUAUAGCAAAUCAUAUUUUUAUUCCAGUCUGCUGCUGCUGUCUCUGCCCCUGAUCUACCUGCUUGAUUCUCUCAGUUAAUCAUAAUGCUUUCCCAUAACAAAGCAUUGGAUUGGCUGAGACUGUCAAGGAGACAGAUCAGGGACCGUGUCAGCACAAGUCAAACACAGCCCUGACCAAUGAGCAUCUCCUUGAGAUCAAGUUGUAUCAGUGCAUCUCUAUGAGAAAAGUUCAGUGUCUCCAUGCAGACAUCUGAGCAGUGGCCAGUGAAGUGAUCACUAUGCUGUAAUGUAAACACUGCAUUUUCUCUGAAAAGACAGUGUUUACAGCAAAAAGCCUGAAAGUAAUGAUUCUACUCACCAGAACAAAUGCAAUAAGCUGUAGUUCUGGUUACUAUAGUGUCCCUCUAAUAUAAUGAGGGGGAAAAAAGAACACGGUUAUAUUAUACAGUCAGCAAAAUAUUAUGUGUAAGAUAAAUGUAUAUAUUUUUCUUAAAAUGCUUUUUAAAGCCAUUGCUUGUCCUCUCAACUAACAAUCAAUUUUCAGAACAGAAGGCUAUGUCGAACAAAGAGGAUCAUUUGACAGGUUUUGUCAUACAAUGCAUCACACCUUAAUUACAUAUCAGAAGAUCACGUCUAUUGGCAAUUGAACAACCCACAAUAAGCCUUUUUUGUCGGUUCAGAUCGAUUUAAUCCAAACAUAAAAAAAUAAGUGCAGGUUUCCUCACAGUAUCAAAGUGAAAGUAGUGCAAAAAAACUCAUUCCACUCUUUAGAAAGUGCAAUGUGCAUAUAUGCUCAAAGUGCUCGAUGCAAAAUGUUUAGUUAUAUAGUGCACAAAAAUCCAAUGAAGUACACUUACUUUGAUCACAUAUUUGAAGUAAAUCUCAGUUGCAAAUGGUAAUACAUAAAAGAAAAUACAAAACAUAAAUAGUGAAGUAUUGUUUGAGUGAAAUAAAGGCACGUCCCGCCUCCUGGAAGUAUUCUGUGGACAUUGCCAAACUCGAGCGCGCACGGACUGUUUGCUUUAGCCGGCGGCUGCACGAACUCAGUAAAGUAUAGCAUCUACUAAUACCCAGUGAUUUUAAAUGUAUGCUGUUUUUAUAAUUGUGGAAAUAAAUAGUUUUACCUUAUUGGUGGCAGUGGAUAUUUCUACACUUGGAGCUGUUUGAAGUAGAGCAGGCUCAUCUGCUCUCUACUUGUAAGUGAACAUUAAAAAUACACUUCAAAUUUUAUUUCACUCAAACAAUACUUCACUAUUAGGUGUCGAGUGUAGUGUCGUCGGGUACAUACAAGCUUCCCCAGUCCAAUGGGCUUUUUUGUGGGUGAGUCGCAGCACUGUACCCCGAAAUAUCAGCAUAGUUUGAGCCCGUAUAGCAGGAGCUCAUGCAAAGUGCAUCUUGUCAGCUUGCUAGUCCGCCUCCACCCCCCUUAUUUAUUUCUUUGUUAACCCCUUGAGGACACGUGACAUGUCAUGAUUCCCUUUUAUUCCAGAAGUUUGGUCCUUAAGGGGUUAAUGGAUACUAUAGGCCCCCAGACAACUUCAUCUCAUUGAAGUUUCCUGGGUACUAUGUCCCUGUCCCUUUAGUCCUGGAAUGUAAAACAUUGCUGUUUUUGAGAAACUGAAAUGUGUACAUUGCAGUUUCUCACACUGCCUCUAGUAGCGGACUACCAGACAGCCUAUAGAGGUGCUUCCUGGAGAUUCACAUAGAUGGAAUUUGAAAUGCAUUUCUGUGUCUCUCUGUCUCUGUCUUAGGGGAUAUCUUGUAAGGCUAACAGGCUUAUUCACUAAAGUUAGAAUUCAAAAUGAGUUCAAAGUGAAUUUUAAACUUACAGGAACACUAUAGUCAUUAAAACAGCUUUAACUUAACAAAGCAGUUUUGGUGUAUAAAUAUUGCCUCUGCAGUCUCACUGCUCAAUUCUGUGCCAUUUAUGAGUUAAAUAAAUUUGAUUCUUAAGCCCUAGUCACAUUUCCCUUCAUGUUGUUGUUAUUAUUUAUAUAGUGCCAACAAAUUCCGCAGCGCUUUACAGUGGGUGGACAAACAAACAUGUAGUUGUAACCAGACAAGUUGGACAAACAGGAACAGAGGGGUUGAGGGCCCUGCUUACAUGUGACGUACACAGCCUUUUUUUACACUUCCUGUAAAGUGAGAUGUAAUGUUUAAACUUCCUUGAUUGCUCAUUCUGUUUAAUUUAGAAAAAAAAAAUGUAUCGCCUGCUCUCUUAAUAGCCAUCUAGACCCUGCAGGAGCCACAUGUAUUUUAUUAAAGUUCAAUUUACAUAACAGGAGAUUAAAAACUUUGUAAAGUAAGCUAACAUCUGCUUGAAAAUUAAACCCUUUUUUUCCCAUGCAGGCUGUGUGAGUCACAGCCAGGUGAGCUAUGUCUAGGGCAGCAUAAAAAGAAACAAAAGUGAUUUUAACUUCUAAAUGGCGGGGGUAGAGCCUGAUAGCCAACCAGGAUGGUCGCGUGGUGCUGAAGCUCCUCUAGAGGAUUUACUUAUUAAAAAACGAACAGUCCACCGGUGCUCUCUAUUUGGCCUAAAUCCUGCAGUUAAGCCUGAAACUGGUAGUUCCUGCCAGUGCUUGACCUACCUGUGGCUUACACUCAAGGUGGAGAAGGCAGAUGAUCCUCAGACUUGACUUUGUGCUUGUUUGCUGAAGGACCUGUUCUCGCCCCUCUAGGGCCGGUGGGGAAUAUCCCUGUCCCCACUGGAAUAUUGACAGGACAUCUGGACCUGUACUGCAGCCUACUGCUGAAUCAGAGCUGUGACCCAGUUGCUAAUAUGGCUGCUCUGCUGGGGCUUACGACAAGGAGUGCCUGUUCAGUCACUCACACAUGUAGAUCCAAUCCUCUUGGCGAUUGACCAAAACUGUGCGCCCGUAUGGGCAAAGUUCUAUGCCAAUGGACUUUCCUCCACUCCUGCUGUCCGAGCUGUGGCUUCUGGGACCCAUCUUGCACGCUGACGUCGCCUGAAUGGGCGCCCCCUAUGAAUCUCAAAAGCACUACUGCGAAGGAGAAGGCGCAAGAGAUUGUUCCAGCAGAAUACAGUGCCACAUCAUUUUUGCUCUUGUGCUGCCGUCACACUUGUCGGCAGAUACAAGGACUGUUCGUGGGCCAAAAUGACAUCCCGAGGAACAUUCUGCAGACCAGUAAGAAUGCCUGGGCUAGGUGUUCAAGCUCCAGCAGAGGGAACAAUAAUGGCAGAGAGUGGGUCUAGCCAAUACUGGGCAUUGUCUGAAUUGACCUCGAAUCUUGCCUACGGCCAGAUCGUCUCACACCUUAGCUUAGUUGGCAAGCUGUAUGCAAUGGCUAGGCUGUUUUAAUGUCUGCUAUAAUCCUUUAUUACAUGUAUAGCAUGAUCCCCAAUUGUAUAUCCAUUUUAAUUUAUCCCUCCAGUGGUAAAUAUUUCUUAUAUAAUCUAUUAAGAGUUCUAUAGUCCAGCGUGUUUCCUUCUCUUUGUCUCACAUAAAUAGAACUGUGUCUCUCUUUUACUACAAAAAGUGCAAUAUUAUCCAUAUUUCAUAUUAUGUCUAUGCUUAUAUAUCUUUUGAGUAAUGUCUUUGUACCUGUUAUUAUGCUCUGUACUGUCACAAAUAAAGAUGACAAAAAUUAAAAAAACUCAAUUUCCAGUGAAUUGAGCAGUGAGACUGCAGGUACUUUAUCUAGGCAUAACCUGUUUCAUUACGCUAAAUUUGUUUGACUGUAGUGUCCCUUUAAGGUUAAAAUAGCCAAAGUGUUAAUAUUCUCUAAGACGGCUAUGCUUUCCAUUCAGCUAAUUUGAAAUUCACUGUAAAUUAUCAUUAUAGUCAAUAACUCUAUUAGACUAUUAAUAAUUAGAAACACAAUACAUGGUUAUAUUUUGAUUCGCAGGAAAAUGUUUGGUUUUAAUGAGAAUUUUCCAUUUAGUAUACACAAAAUUGCUAUUAGGAGUAGUGAAAAUGCAGAAAAAUGGCCCCUUUCCAUUAACAAAUGAGCUGGUUCUCUCUGCGACAUGACCAGAUGCUUAAUCUGGCAACUGUAACCUGUAGGACAAAAUGUGUCGACAUCUGCUGGUUGUAAAAUAAAUAAAUCGGCAUGGAGAACUCAUUGGGCUCAUUGCCUGUUUAGAGAUAUUGCAAAAUGUAGAUAUGUUGAGAGGUAAGCUUUAGUAAACUGACAUAAUGUCAAAAAGUGAAUGGGGUGAGUGUAACCGAUGAGAGAAGAAAGCAAACUUUAAUUGUUUAAUAUUUAUUUAGUGGGCAGUUUCUGUAGGUUGCCAAGAUGAAAUGUAAACAUCCUUCAGCCAAAUUGCUAUUCUUGGCCCACCCAUGCAUUGUGUUUGCUUGGAAUUACUUCCACCAGAUGACAUUUAACAACCGUGCAUAGAAUUGUCAUUUGGAGUCUCUUUACUGCAGAGUUAUCUAGAGAAGUGAUGCUACUCCAUUGAAUUUGGCUUAAACUGAUCCCAGACAAUUAGAGUUUAGGGAAAGAUUGCACAGUGUGUGUGCAUAUAAACCUAUAUUCCGAACACUUUUUAGAGCCGUUAGAUCACGCCCCUCCUUUCCAUGUGUCUCAUUAGAUAAUAUUAUUAGAAUGGUCAGAGGAUUGGAGUUUUACAUAGUAGCAGAGAGGAUUAACUAUGGCAUUUUUAAGCUUCUGACAUAUAUGGGGAAUUCUAGGGCACAUAUAACAUUUUAGUCAUUAAUAGAAUAUUCAAAGCCUCCCACUCCCAAGAUUUUUGAAUGUACGCCAGAGGAUGACAAAAGACAUGUUUGUUUGCCACAUUACCCAUGGGUAUGGGUUUGUGUUUUGUUUAAUUAAAUUGGCAUUUCAUGGGUAUCAGAUGAUAUACCCUUGGCUUUGGUCCAUAUAUUUCUAAUUGUUUUUGCAUAUCAGACUUACUAAGUAACCCUUUUUAAUCCCUAGCUGCACGACUCUGCUGCUUUUAUCCUAAAUUGCAAACUGAGAAUAUUUUCCUGAAAACGUUUGACAGGUUUACUUUUUGUUUAGUCUGACAUUUGAGAUUUCCUGUACCGAAUUGUUUUGAGAAAUUAAUCUGGAUUAUUUCUUGUUUUUCAAUAUUGCUUAGUGAUUUGAAACUGUCCAGUGCUCAUUGUACAUGCCAUAUCCCACUAGACUAGCAUUCUAGAAUUGUUCUGUCAGGCAGACUGAGCUUUUAUAAGUGCCUGGUUUCCAAAUGACACAAUAAAAUGUUUGGCAUGGAUGUACUGAUUAUGAUAAAUGCUGAUAAAUAAUUAAGGUUUCAGGAAUUACAAAUAUUAGUCACGGUGACAAACGUUAGCGUUUAUGACCAUGGCAAAGAUGCACUUUUGGCCUUUUUUUUUUUUAACAUUAGAGACAAAAAAAGGCCUAGAUAAUAGAGGGUUUUUUUAUGUUUUUGUUUUUUUUCUUUAUCAAACAGUCAAGUAAAGGUGCUCAGGGGUAUAUUGUGUUGGAGAUUAAAAAAAAAAAAAAAAAAAUUGUAUUCCUUUUCACAUAAAAUUCUUUUAUUUUUAGAAAUCUUGUCUAAAACAUGUCAAGUGCACUAGUACAGCCCUUUUAAUAAAGGCUUAAUAAAACGUUCCUAGUAAAAAAAUAAAUAAAUAAUAAAUAUAUAUAUAUAUAUAUAUAUAUAUAUAUAUAUAUAUAUAUAUAUAUAUAUAUAUAUAUUUAUCACACACACACACACUCUCUUUCUCUCUCUCUCUCUUUCUCUCUCUCUCUCUCUUUCUCUCUCUCUCUCUUUCUCUCUCUCUCUUUAUCUCUCUCUCUCUUUAUCUCUCUCUCUCUCUCUCUUUUUCUUUCUCUCUCUCUCUCUCUCUCUCUCUCUCUCUCUCUCUCUCCUCACCUGCCCAGUGCGCAUGGCCAUAAGGUGAGAAAGUGGAGGCUGGACAAGUGAGGGAGGAAAUAUAAAUUAAUCAAAAACAAACAAACUGAUAAAUCAUAAGAAAUAUAGGGAGGUGGGGAGAGCUCAAAUGAAAGGGGAGGGGGGGGAGAUGCAAGCUUCCUCUUGGAGGAGCGAUCCCAGCAAGGGUAGAGCAGUGCUUUAUAUAUAAUAAAGCACUGCACACUGGUGACAGACGUAAUGAGGCUCUAAGCUUUGUUGGAAUUUGUGAAAUGUUUUGUAUUGACUUGGGCAUUUGUUUUGUAUAGACAAAUUAAAAUGAAUGAGACGAAGAACGAAUUGCUUGUUGGACAUAUUUUUGUCCAUGCAAUUUAAUUGUUCAUUCAUUUUAGUUUAUUACAAGGAGAGAGCUACCAGCUCACAGCUCCCUCCUUGUGAUAUUUAAAAGUACAAGCAGUAAGUCUCAAGAUUUACCUGUCAAGGCACUCUGGUUGGCUUAGCCUCUCAGUCACAGCACUCUGACUCAAAUUGCAUGCUGUGGAAAAGCAUUUAUAAGGCUUUCCCCGCACUGCAAGCUCCUCAGUCUGCGUGGAGCCCUUGCAAAGGAUUGUUUUUUUUUUUUCUUCUGGAUUUAGUUCUGCAUCCUAAUUAUUUUAUUUUAUUGUCUUUUUUUUUUUUUUUUGUAAUCUUUUUUUAAAAAUGUAUCUAUCUAAUUUAUUUUAAUAAGUGCGAUGCAACUUAAUGUAUUUUUAUUUGGCCUUUUUUGAGUUUGAAGAAAAGAUGAUGAAAGAGGAUUUCUAAUAGUAUGCAAUUUUUUUAAAUUUAUUUCACAGGUAGUUUAGUUUAUUACCUCCCCACCCCCAGCAGAACCAUCCCAAAAGAAACCACCUACUCGCAGCAUGGUAGGAGGAAGGAUUUAACCUCCCAUAUUUACUGAUACGAAGUAUAUUUUGCUUUGUAUUCGUAAAGUUUUCUGAAAGACCAAAAGAAAAGGAAGGGCUUUUCGCAAUAUUGGUCUUUCAGCUUCCUGGUAGAUAGCACCUUAAUUCUUGUGGGAUUGCCAUAAGAAUAUAAAAAAUUUAGCUAUUUCUUAAACAGCUCCCUAAUUUGGCACCCAUAUGGCAAUCUCACAAGAGUACCAGUUUAGUGAGUAUUUAAAUGAAUUCCAAAACGAAAAUAAUGGCAGAAUUUUGUCCGAAAACAAAUGAACAGACAAAUGAAAUCUGUUUGGACAAAGCACAUUUAUUUAUUUAUUUUUCUCUUUUGGCCAAAUGUGUUUGGACAAAACAGAAAUUUGGGCGGCUUUCAUGUCUUUAUUACUCUUUCUCCAAAAAAUAUUUACAACAAAGAGUAAUGUGAAAUAUACAUAUAUAAUCUACAUAUUGUGAUGAUUUUACACUUUUUUGAUGAGAAGGCAAUCCGUCUUUACUGUAUCUCUGAAACUGUUUAUAUAGAUUGUCAUGUUAUGAACAGAUACUAAUGAAUGCCUUAGACCCAUGAAAUCGUUUAUUGUUCUCUUCACUACUGCAGAAAUAUCCAACUGUGUGCUGCUCUAAUGAUCUUUCUGGUUUGAAUGCAAUUCUUUAGUGUUAGUUAUUUAUUUUUUUACAGCUGUAUUUUCAUUUUAGCUCUGCAUUGUCCCUGUAAUAAGCAUUUACACUUUAUAGUUCUAGCCCAGAUUCCAGUAGAGGUUAUAUGUACAAAUAUGGAGACAAACACUGCAUUUAAUGAUUGGCUGCGUUGGAUCUCAUUAGAGGAAUCCCUGUAGCAUUGAUAUGCUUUUGAAAAGGGCAUAAAAUGAGAAAAAUUAGAAUUUAUGUAAUGCUUUUUAAAGCAUGGAAUUGUUACUACUAAAUUUCAGUCAUAUAAAUGACACAUUCUUAUUUUGCAAUUGAGUUAGCCUUUUUCAUUUGUAUUUUUAGAAUUUCCUAAUCUGCCAUCUAUAGAACAACAUGCCCAAUCCAUCACCAUUUUUCUGUGUUUUUAUUGUACAGUCUUUAUUAGUGCAGGUGUAGGCAACCUUUGACACUCCAGAUGUUGUGGACCACAUCUCCCAUGAUGCUUUGCCAGAAUUAUGGCAGAUGUAAUACACAACAGCUCGAGUGCCCAAGAUUGCCUACCCCUGUAUUAGCGGAAUGUUACAACUGAAAUAUCACUACAAUGUUGGCAAACAUGUAGGAGAAAAAAAGAAUUUCAAAUGCAGAGCGUAAUUAUGUAUCUAAAAAGAUCUGCUACUAAUGAUUAUUUUAAUAAUUUAUUAAUCGACUGAUUACUUUUUACAGUUUAAUCAGGUUAAAAAAUUAAAUUUUGAAUAAAUCCAGAAAACGUUUUAAAGAUGUCCUUCAGUCCUCUGGCAAAUCAGGAUGGGUUAAUUUGAACAAUAAUUCUAGAAUUAGAGGCAGAGACCCCAAAACUGUGAGAAUGUGUUUCUUUUGCCUUCAUUGUAUGGAACUGCUUUGCAUUGCUUUUCGCUGGUGGCCAUUUUUAUGAAAUUGUGAGAAGGAAAAUCAACAACAAAGUAAGGGCAGAUUUAGUCUCCCCUCUGUCUGAUGUAUAUUCUCACACAUUUAAUCUAUUUAUUUACACGGACACAAAAUCUCAAAUUAUAAAGAUUAGGGGUUACUGCUUAAACUUUGACUUAGGAAGGGUUUUCAAUAAACUCUGAUUUCUUUUCCCAGAUUAAAACUAAAUGGGAAAAUGCUUUCUCGUUUUUCUUCCCGUUUUUCCAUUUGGAUUUAAUUUUUCCAUAGUUUGGCUAGGUGUAGUGUGUGUUUUCUGGGGUAUGGGUGUAUGUGUGCUGAUUCCAUUUAAUACAUGUGGUGUGUGUUGCCUGCGUCGUUAUAUGUGUCUGGGGUGUGUGCUUGCUGACUUUGUGUGUUUGUGAUGGGUGCCGACUGUAAGCUCGUUUGUCAGAGCCUUAAAUUAAAAAAAAAAAAAAUUUAUAUACUGGUUUAAAUUUGUUCUAACUGUAUUUUGAUGUUAAUAUAAAUGUAUAUAUUUAAAUCAAAAUACAUUUAGAAUGAAGUUAUAAAUACAUAUAUCCCCUUAACGACCACGGACGUUCUAGGUACGUCCGACAAAAAAGGGUCGUUAAGGACCGCGGACAUACCUGGGGGAGGAGGAGGCUCUUAUUUCUCUUCUGAUCUCUAAUCUACUCACUAAUGUGCUGUUCAUGUGGUACUCAACCAGACUAUAUUAUACGAUCCCAUGUUGACAACUAACAUGUUUGAGAAAAAUAAAGAAUUUAAAAGUUUGACAAAGACUGGUGGUAGAAUUAGUGCAUGGAAAGUGUUAAAAUAACACCAUUUGAAAUACCCUAGGGUGUCUACUUUUCAAAAAUAUAUGGUUUGAUGUGGGUAAAUUACAUUGGCCGGCUUCAAAAAUGUUCUAAGUAGGACAUGGGUGCAUGAUGACCAGCUGUGAAAAUUCCAAGUUGAAAAACUGGAAUGCGCACCCUCCAAGUAAGGUCUUUUAGUCCCCAUAGAACCCACAAUACCUAUACCUGGGUGGUAUCCCUGUACUCAGGAGAUGUUGCUGAACACAUAUUGGGGUGUUCUUUGGCAGUAACCCUUAAAGUACUCAGUACAUGUAUUCUUAAAUUGCUAUGUGUGUCAAAAAAAUCACCAAUUAUUAUUUGGCAUUGAUUGGUGGUAAAAUGGUAUCAUGAAAAGAAUCAAACUACCCCAAGUUUAAUACCUUAGGUUGACUUCUUUUAAAAAAAUAUACAUGUGAAGGGUUAUUCAUGGAUUCCUGACAGAUAUCAUUGUUACAAUGUAACUUUCGUUAAUUUUGGAGAAAAAAAAUGGUUUGGAAAUAACAAAGGGUAUUUCUUAACUCAGGACAAAAUUUUGAAACUAUUUAGCAUGGGUGUUUUUUUGGCGGUUGUAGAUGUACAACAGAUUUUGGGGGUCAAAGUUAGAAAAAGUGUUUUUUGUUUACAUUUUUCAUCAUAUUUUAUAAAACAAUUUUCUAGUAAAUGUAUAUAAUAUAUGAUGAAAUAAUGUUAUCUUUAGAAAGACCAAUUUAAUUGUGAGAAAAACUGUAUUUAAUAUGUGCGGGUACAGUAAAUGAGUAAGAGGAAAAUUACAGCUAAACACAAAUACCGCAGAAAUGUAAAAACAGCCCUGGUCCUUAACGGUAAGAAAAUUGAAAAACGGUCUGAUCACUAAAGGGUAAAGAAACCCAGCGUAAUACAAACAUAUUUUUGAAGACCUUUCUAUGAACUAUGCUGUGCUACUUAAAUGUCUAUUGAGUCUUCAUACACUACAUUUUUAUGUGAUUUCCUGACUGCACAAAAUGUGUCUAUCACCAAAUGCUGCAGAGGAUAUAUGUGUGACUGCCGAUGUCUGUCUGAAGGUUCUGAACGGAAAUAAAAAAUUCUGCAGACUGACAGCUUCUCAGAUCAAAUACUUUUGGUGUAAUGAUGUAUGAAAUUAAGCUGAUUACAAGUUCUAGCUUUAUACCAGUAAAAUACUUUUUUGUGUGUGUGUGAUUCUAAUAAAGCAACUGGGAACUCUUCACGUUGAAGACUCUUUGGCUGUCAUAAUAUCAUCUUUUAACAUCAACCUCUCAGUGCAACCCCUUCUGUUAUGCUGCCUUGCCACUGACUGGGUAUGGUAUGAGGGCACAUCUGUUGGAAAUAUUGUUAGUAUACACUUACAGAGAUGGGCAUCUGUUUUCUAAGAAAAGUAUCAUACUUUUCUGCAGACUGAUAACUCCACUUGCUCAGCAGAUUCUUCAUACAGUUUUCUGAUACUUGGAGAUAAAUAGACCAAAACAUGUCAACACUAUCAUUAAUUCAACAGUAGGACUGCCAUGUUUUAUUCUGCGGGAAUUUGAAAUUAGCUCAACUAUAAAUAUUAUGCAGAUGGAGAUGUGCCCACAUAAUUUUAUUCUUCAAAUGUGAACAUGAAAAAUGUGUGUUUGUGUGUGUGUGUGUGUGUAUAUGUAUAUAUAUAUAUAUAUAUAUAUAUAUAUAUAUAUAUAUAUAUAUAUAUAUAUAUAUACAUACAUAUACACACACAAAUUGCGUAGAGAUAGCACUCCCGGGACUCCAAAGGUGUAAAAAUAAAAUGUAACUUUUAUUUUCCAAAUUAAUUUAAUCAAAUUAUCCAAUCAAAUGCUUCUCGUAGUUAAUCUUUGAGGAUAGAUCUCUAAUCCGUACCCUCUCAUAUGGAUGGGAAGUUUUGCCUAGUUUUUGGAAUUCAGAUUUUUAAAAAAGUUAAUACUUUACAGCUGUAUUAGUUCUGUGCUGUCUUUUAUCCAUUAAAAUGAGAAGGAAAAAAAACUAUUGUAGACUGCUAUUCUUAUCAGGCUCAGGCUACCACUGGUUGACGCUGGUUUGCAUUAUAUUCCAUAAGUCAGAUUCUGGCUGAGGCUGUUGAGAUUUGCAGUCCAGCAUUUAAUUUGAUGGUACACAAAAUCCCGUUAAGAAGGCUUGUUUCCAGCCUUGUUGGUAAAUAGUUGCUAUUGACAUCUGGUAGCUAGUAGCGGCUAUUAAUUACCAAGUCUGUCAUUAUAUUUUUCCAGUUGAUAAUCUUAGCUGGCGUAGAUGACAUACUCUUGCAGAUUAUCUGCUCACUGUGAAAGCACAGAAACACAAUAUGUAAGUUGUCACUUUAGCAACCAAACCUUAACAAGGCUCACCCUGAGAAUCCUGCAGUGCCUCCCUCCCCCAACCCACAUCGCUGAAGGGGUUAAAACUCCUUCAGACUAUUACUGAAUCCAGCGCCAAUGUCCCUCGGCGCCACCCCCGCUCCUCCCCCGCCGGGAGAGCUGAUGCGCAUGCGCUGCAAUGGCCGCACGCAUUAGACCUCCCCAUAGGAAAGCAUUAUUCAGUGAUUUCCUAUGGGGAUUCCGGCGACGCUGGAGGUCCUCCUGCAUAUAGCAUUAGGACGUACAGCGUCAUUUAGACUACCGGAAGUCCCUCUAGUGGCUGUCUGGUAGACAGCCACUAGAGGAGGACUUAACCCUGAAAGGUAAUUAUUGCAGUUUACAAAACUGCAAUAAUUACACUUGCAGGUUUAAAGGUGAUGGGAGUUGGCACCCAGACCACUUAAAUGGGCUGAAGUGGUCUGGGUGCCUACAAUGUCCCUUUAAGCAUAGCUGGAAUCCAGUGCUGGGCCAAGAUCCUAGCACUGCCUUCCACGCCCUGUAUGACAUCAGCAGUGCUAAUUCAUGGUCCAAUCAAAUACUUCUCAUAGAACAGCAUUUGAUUUAACUGUUUGACCCGCUCAAAGUGUAUGCACAGGCUCUGAGCCGGAUGGGGUGAAGAACAGGUGAUGGGAUUUAAAAAUGAAAAUUUUAAAAAGGCAAUGCAGGGAGAUGGGAGGGAGGGAAGAGCAUGUUUAUACAUGUUAUGCUGUUUGCUUGAAACUUGAAUGUCUUCAUGAUAUUUGUUAUACUUGUUGCACUUGGAUUUAUGGGCCAUGGGAUAUGCGAGCCUCAUUCUGUAUUUGUAUUAUAUGUGGUGAACUCUUUAAUAAAAAAUGUUUUUAAAAACAAUAUCUCUGUCUGUGAAGCAUUUCAAGCAGAAAAGCUACACAUACAGACGAUUACCACUAUGACCACUUCUAAAAGCGGUUGGAAUAACCCUUAAAAGUAGCUCUGACGCAAUAUUUAAAACUCCUUUGAGCUGUGAUUGUAUGCCAGAGAUAAAUUAUGGAAUGUUUGAGCUUGAUUUCUGUUGUGGGGAUUGUUCAUUUCAAUGGAACUUGCACUUCUAGAAAGAAGAGUAGGAACCCAGUUGUAGCGAAAGUAGUGGUUAGUGGGUCCCAUAGAGAAAAAUGUGGCUGGUUAUCCACUACUUAGCAACUGACUUUUAUAAGUGUCAGCCGGUAAUUCCAUGUUGAUACUGGAGUCAAAUUCUGCAGUUGGUAAACAACUCUUCUCUUCUAACAGUAGCAACAGGUAUUUUAAAGGACCACUAUAGGCACCCAGACCACUUCAGCUUAAUGAAGUAGUCUGGGUGCCAGAUCCAGCUAGGUUUAAACCUUUUUUCUAUAAACAUAGCAGUUUCAGAGAAACUGCUAUUUUUAUAAUAGGGUUAAUCCAGCCUCUAGUGGCUUUCUCAUUGACAGCCGCUAGAGGCGCUUCUCACUGAUUUUCACAGUGAGAAGACGCCAGCGUCCGUAGGAAAGCAUUGAGAAUGCUUUGCUAUGGAAUGGCUGAAUGCGCAUUUAGCCGAGGAGGAGGAGAGUCCCCUGCCUGGCGCUGGAGAAAGAGGUAAAUUUAACCCCUUCCUCACCCUAUAGCCCGGCGGGCACCCUCAGGGCACUAUAGUGCCAAGAAAACGAGUAUGUUUUCCUGGCACUAUAGUGGUCCUUUUAAGCAAGUAGCAUCUUUACUAUAAAAUAUAGCAAUAACGCUUAGAACAAGCCCAGGCUGACUUAUGAUUUUUAAGUGACCUCUGCCACAUGGAAGGCGAGAAAUCAAAAAACAAAACCAAUUUACAUUUUCUUUGAUAGAGUGUGUGUGUCAGUUCCUCAGCCAUGGACAGGCAGAAGAUAGUAUUCCAGCUGUCUGACUUACAAGUCAGUUACAAAAAAGCUGCAGGGACAAAGUCUUUGUACUAUAACUACUUCAGUAAGAUGAAGUGGUUAUGACCUUUAGAAUAAUCAUUUAGAUAUGUUAAGGAUAACACUGGUGGAUCUGGGAACCUUUGACAAAAGACUGUCAGCUUGGUCAGGCCUACUGUGAUCACAAUGUAUUUUGGUGCAUCACUGUCCAGUCCUGCUGUAAGGAGCACUAAUGGGACCAACCAGCAUGCCAACCACCACAACGAGCAUGGAUCACUCGUGGUAAAUGGUGGAAAAACUUAAACUGAAAGAAAACGGCGCUGGCAUUUGGUUGGGCAAGGUAUUGAGUAGCUGGAGCAUCGCAGUGCAUUUAUUGUACCGAUGCUGACACAGCUUAGUUUACAGAUCAAUCUGUUCAGCUUGGUUUAAAGCCAGAGCUGCUUAAAGGGACACUGUAAGAACCAUAUCUAGUACAGCUUGUCAUAGCGAUUAUGUUGCAAAGAGUUUUUGGACACUGAGCAAACUGACUAGCAUUUUUAAAGUUUGACAAAAACUAUUUUAAUUGAAUUACUGCAUACUUUGUGAAGGUAGCAUGUUUUAUUAUUUUUAAAUGAUACAUCUUUUUUAUACUCAUUUUGUAAAAUGUGAUUCCGUAUCUUUAAUGGAAUCUGUUAUGUUCUGCACAUUUGAAACAGUUUGGACUGGUUCCCUGUGCAGGAAUGUGAGAGAAAUGCUAAUUCAUCUGUCACUUUGGAUUGCAGAGUUCUGUUCCACUCCGCUCCCUUUCUGACAGAUCUGGAAGCCACAGCAACUGAGAAAGUACUACCUCUAGUCUGACUUAACAUGAAAUAAACCUGUGAGGCACGAUAUACAAUGAACGUUCCCACUCCGUACUAAAACAUCGCUAUAUUAGAUGAAGGAUGCUUAAGGACAUCAAAUUAUAGAAAGUGUCCUCAAUCCUAAUUUUGAUAAGAGCUCAAAAUGUUCAUCAAACCCAAUUCUGCCCAAAUAUACUGACCGUCUACUCCCUGAAUUGAACAAUUUUAUUUGGUGACUUUUGUAGUCUUUAAUUAAUGCUGUUUACAAACUCUUUAAGAUGGACUCCUUCCUUUCAAAGUUGUGAGUUAUUUAUUGUUUUGUUUUUCUAAUUCAAAAAUAUAUUUGUUGACCUAGGAGUGAAUUGGUCGUGUGUUACUAAAACCAAUGAUAAACUGCCAAUCAGUAUAGUUUUAUCACCUGAUUUAGUGCAUCUACCUACAUUAGAAUAGCAGCAGCUAUAAUGAUAAUUUGACACACUGUAGCCCUGUGUAGUGCACACACUAACAUACUGGGUAAUGGCUAGAAGCUGUUGGUAUACACAGCUAGCAGCUUUCAUACACACUCCUAGAUGCACACGACCUAAAGUGAAGAUUACUAGGGAGGAAUGUAAACAUGAAAACAAAAAUAUGAGCAAAUUUCCCCAUAAAUGCAGAUUUUUCAUUUUAUAUAGGUUAGAAAGUCAGUGUUCACAAAUCACUACUAAAAAAAUUAUAAAUGAAAGACGGGUAAAGAAAACUGCAUGGCAGAGCAUGAAAAGUGCUGGUCUGUAUUGUAUUAGGAAAUAGAACCACUUGUCCCUACUGAAGUCAUUCUGCAUGAAAUUCCAUGGAAAGAGUGUAACACCAUUAACAUGUUCUUUGUCACAUGAUCUGAAGUUUGUCCUUUGUUCCCAGGUAGAGAGCAGCGGAGAUGAACAUGUCAUUGGGCCAGUCCCUACUGGAGGACCUGUUACAUCCAGUGUUGCUGAGGAUUUUGAGCGCAGGGCUUGGAAAAUGAAACAAAAACUAACUGGAAAUGAUGAUGUAAGAUUUUGGGAAGUCUGAUGUAGAUAUGUAUAUUUAUAGGAUGUAAAUAUUUGUUAUGCAACCCUCCUGUAAUCGCACAAAGUGUUCAGAAUGCUCUUCUCCGCUAGUACUCUAUGCUGUAGGAAUGAGAAGACAUGUUUUAACAUAGAUAUUAAAAUUAAGAAACUGUGUUACAUGAAUAGUAAAUAAUAUCCAUACCAAAUAUUUAUCUUUCUGAUUAAUAACUGUCACAACAAUAAAAUUGAACUGUCACUUCCUUGCUCUCGAACCACAGAAUAGCUAACUUAAAGUUAGAAAUAUUAAUUAUGUUUUUGGGAUGCAUCUUAAUGUCAGGGCACAACAAGGCACAGAAAUGUAAUUCAGUUUAACACCCGUAGUGCUCUGUGUAUUUUCCUGAAAGCAAUGCCAGAGUGCCCUCAUACAUAUAAUACACUUACAUUUGCAGUAUUCCUUAACACUGUGAACUAUUCAUGCUUGUUUACUGGGCAAAUUCUUUUUGUGUAGUCCCCUCCCUCCCCCCUUCAAGCAAAAAGGACAGGAAACAGAUCUGUGGCAUAAGGAUUAUAAAGACCACCAACUCCCUAUCUGACCCAUAGAAGAGGAGUGGUAGUACAAUGCUGCCUUGGUUAUUAAUCGUUCAAACUGUGGCAGCGUUAACUAAUGAGUAAUCCUCAAGCUAUACAUGUAAUGGGAGGGAUAGAUAUAAAUGGUUUAAAUAUUAGGUAAAAGGUAAAAAAAAAAAAAAAACUAGUACUAAGCUCUAGUAACGUAAUUAACUCUUCCCAAUUAGGUGCAAAAUUUUCAGAAAUUCUGAGUAUGAUCAGUACUAAAUAUACUUAUGCAAGAGUUCUUUUUCCAGUCGUUUCUGUGAUGAGCAGGAGCUACCCAGAUGAAUUAAAUUUCUUGUAAUUUUAUGUACGGAUGAGUUGAUCCACCCAAGCAAGAUUUACCUGAGGAGUCUUGAAGAGGCACUGUUAACCCCUCUCUCCCCAAUGAGUAUUUCAUACAGAUAAAAUCUUUAUGAAAUACUCCUUUUUACUGUGUUGGAAUUUUACUGAGAACCCACCACAGUUAAAAGACAUACUAAGACAACCAUGUCAUUUCCCCCAGCCAUUACAUUUUCUAUGGAGGAUCUUGCAGUCUCCCAAGAUCCUUCAUAGACCUUAGUGCUGUACUCUAGCGCAUCCGCGAGAUUACAGCACUGACGUCGGCUCCUGGCAGCUAAAGAACCAGAAGCUGAAGAGGAGCAACAGGAGGACGAUGGCGGCACCCAUGGAGGACAGGUUCAAGCAAUUCUUACCUUUCCACGCCUCCCGCUGUAAGACUCCUCAGGUCGAUUUACCUUAAGGCUAUUCAGGUAAAUCUUGGACACAUCAAUUAGUCCGGUAUGGAUUGAAAUGCAUUUUAUUCUUGCAGGUCAUUCAGAACGAAUAUUAGGUUUAAUCGGGAGUUUUGUUUUUCUAUCCUGCAAGAUUUCUUACUGUUGGAGUACUGCAACUGGUAAUACCAAAUGGUAUAAUAAAAAAAAAAACGCAGGCAUGAUCACUUUUCUAACAGCAGGGCAUGGGAGAAUUGAGAGAGAAAAUAGAUUUCUCUGCGUCGACACCUUAACCUUAUUGACAAACGUGCCUAAUGUAAGGAACAUAAUGGACAUCUUUCUAACACGAUAUUGUUUCCAUAGUAACUUUAUUAUGUCAGUUUCUCAAAAAGAAACAAUAGAUAGAGCAUGAUUCAUAUGGGAAAUGUAUUUGAUAUGGAAAGAGUUAAAGUCUUCAAUUAAAUCAACGAAUAGGAUUUUGUUUCUCUGGCUAGACUACUCUUCAAUUUAAAAGCUAACCGUUGCAUUCGUUUUUUUUGUGUGCAUUCCUUAAACUGUUUAGAUUACCAGAUUUAAAUUACAUUUUGUUUAACACACCUGUGCUUUAUAUCUUAGGAUGGGUCUAAGAAAAUUUCCAGAGAGUCAUGGAUGACAGAACUCCCACCAGAGAUGACUUCUUUUGGACUUGGUCCUAGGAGUUUCAAGAGGAAAACAAAUGAAAAAUCAGGAGAUCGAACAAUUUGGACAGAUACCCCAGCAGACCGGGAAAGAAAAGCAAAGGUAAAUUUGAGAAAUUAGUUUUUUUUGGUUUUCAACUUAAGGUUUAUUAAGCUUUCACAAGAUUAGAAACUUCACCUGGGGUACAAAAUGGUCUACCUGAUACCACCAUAUAUCUUAACCCCUUAAGGACCGCAGACAGUUCAGGACCGUCAUCGGCAUUUUUCCAUUGCCGACAGCUGACGGUCCUAGUUACUUACCUGAUCGACGUUGUUCCCCCGGCGGAGAUCGGUGUUGCUCACGUUGUGGGGAGACUGCCUGCAGCCCAGACAGUCUCCCCACACUGGAUUAGGACCCCUGUGGCCAUGUGAUCGCUCAACACAGCGAUCACAUGGUCACAAUAGGUGUCCAUGUGUCUUCCUGCAGGGGAACUGUCUGUGCUGACAGGCAGUCUCCCUGCAAGUGUAAAAUCAUUAAAAAAAAUAAAAUAAAGAUAGUGUUAAAAAAAAAUUUUUAAGAAAAAUUAUAUAUGUGUGUGUGUGUAUGUGUAUAUAUAUAUAUAUAUAUAUAUAUAUAUAUAUAUAUGUAUAUAUAUGUAUAUGUAUAUGUACAGGGCCGGCCUUAGGUGUUCAGGCGCCCUGUGCGAAACAAUCUUGUGGCGCCCCCCCCCCCCUCACCUGUCUCUGUUUGGACCCCUUCAAACUAUUUUAGGAGCAUUCACAAUCUGUUGCCUCCACCCCCUUCUACAAAACCACUGCACCUCUUAACCAAAAUCCCUGGCCAGAUCUUCACCAAGCCCCUGGCCACCACUUCAUCAAACUCCUGUCCACCCCUUCCCCUUCAUCAAUGCCCUGGCCAUCCCUUCGUCAAACUCCUAGCCACCCCUUACCCUUCAUCAAUCCCCUCCCACCCCUUUAUCAAUUCCUACCACCCCUUCAUCAGUCCCCUGCCCCUCUCAUCAAUUCCCUCCCACCCUUUACUCAGCCCUCUGCCCCUAUUCAUCAGCCGCCUGACCCCCUAAUCAAUCCCCUCCCACCCCUUUAA